AUGAAUUCUUUGCAAAUUUUGAAAAAGGAGAUGCGACUGAAAAUGACUGAAAAGCUCAAAAAUAUUGAGAAUAUUCGAGAGCAAUCGGAAAAUGUUGCGAAAUUUGUGCUGAAAUCGGAAUGGUUUCAGAAUUCUGGGAGAAUUUCGAUUUAUGUGAGCACAAAUGGAGAAGUUGAAACUGAUGGGAUUAUAAGAUCGGCUUUGGAGUUGGGAAAACAUGUUUUUAUACCAAUGGUGAAUUUUUGGGGGUUUUCUGAUAAUUUUUGAAAUCAGAAUUUUUUGCUGAAAAUCAUGGAAUCUUCAGCAAUUUUCAGUGGUUUCUUGAAAUUCAGAACAAAAUUCUUGUGAAUUCCUUUUUCCCAAAUUCAAAAAUAAAAAAAUUCCAUUGAAGUUCACCAAGGGAAAUCUCCAAAUGGAUAUGGUUCGAAUUCCAAGCCUGGAUGACUUCGAAAAACUUCCGAUAACUCUUUGGGGAAUCAGGCAACCGAAUCCAGCGUGGAAUUGGGAAAAAUAUCAAACCUCCGGUAUUUAAUUACUUAAAUUGUUCCUCCCAACAAAAUUCUGGAAACGUUUCAGGUGCUUUUGAUGUUGUUCUGGUUCCUGGUGUUGCAUUUACACGGGAUUUGAAACGAUUGGGACAUGGAAUGGUGAGAAAUCUCGAUUUAUGUUCAAAUCAAGAAAUAUGAGCAAUUUUCAGGGUUACUAUGAUCGAUGGAUGAGUGAACAUGAGAAAUUGUUUGGCAAAAUGCCGAAACGUGUUGGUUUGGCGUUGAGCCAACAAAUUGUUGAGAGUGUUCCGGUUGGAGAAAAUGAUGUGGAUUUGGACGAGAUUCUUGUUGAUGUUUGA